AUGGUCUACGAUGUCGAGGCUGACAGCGCUCAUGCCGGCCCCUCACGAACCGGCGGGACUGCCAAGUUGGCUGAUAUCAACCCCGCCCCCGCCAGCGCUCGGACCUCAAUCGUCCGCCCCUCCAUUGCCAACCUCCUCUGCUCCCCUCCUUCGCUCUCCAAUCUUUCUUCUCAGCCUAUCAACCACCUUGAGAAAAUCCGACGGUUCCUCGACCCACCGGACAACACCCUUCUGACCGACCACGACCCCACAGACCCCACAGUCCUCACCUUUGGCUUACGAGCAACCCUCCCUCCCCCCACUCUUCCACCUAGCGGGGUCCAUCGCACUCGACCUCCCCCUUCUCCUCCGCCCGCAGCGGACGACCGAUUCAACAUGACCGUCGGCCACGUCAAGGCUUUCCGAAAGUUCCAACUCCGCCGGCCUACUCCGCUAACGAUCGGGAAAGAUGGGCAGCGGACGCGGAGGCUGUGUAUCGCCGAGGCGGCGUGGAUGAAGUGGGCGGAGGAAGGGGGGAGGUGGAAUGGCGGGAAAGAGGGGACCAAGGGCAAGAAGGGGAAGAAAGGGGAGAAGGGCAAGGGGAGGGACGAGGGGGAAGAGGAGGUUGUUGUGGGUGUGAAGGGGUGUAAUGCGUAUAGCUAUGAUGAGAAUGGGGAUCCCUACAAGCCCACGAUGUCGAUACUGGAGAUUCUCCGGCUCGUACUCGCUACAGCGACAGAAAAGAUGCUCACUCUACCAGAGAUAUAUCAAGCUGUCGAAGCGCGCUGGCCGUAUUUCAAAACUUGCACUGAUUCAUGGAAGGGAUCUAUCCGGAACAACUUAUCCGUCCAUGUGUACUUUGAGCAGGUCUCGAGGGAAGACGAGAAGGGGAAGCCUAUGAAGGCGUUAUGGAGAGUCAAUGAGAAGCUCGCCGGCCCCCUCUGCCCAAAUGCCAAAGAAUCUACAAAAUCACACCGACCCGCCCUCCUCCCGCCGCUCCUAUCGACCGAUCUGCCGCCCCAUCCCCUGCACCCCUCCUUCGCACCCAUCGACCCCGCCUUCGCCGCCUCCCUCCCUAUACCUCCCCAAGCCCUUCGCUCCGCCGCUACAGCCAACAAGAAGUACACAGGCACGGACGUCCGCAUAGCUCUCUCCGGUCCGCGAGAGCUCAACCCCCGGAAUGGGCGGCCAAUGAAGUAUCCGACGGUCAAGAUACCGGGGAAAAGCAUGGAUUUCCCCAUGCCGGGCGUACCGCCUCAUUGGGGCGGGAGUGUGCCUGCCGGGUAUCCGAAUCCGCUUCCUAGGGGAUGGAUGGGUAUGUGGGGAGACCCGACGUUGGUUGAUCUGGGGAAAAGAUAUGGGGGCGAUGGAGACGCGGGCAAGAGCGUAGGGGAUGAUGCAGGCGGAUUGGCCAGACUGGGCAUGGGAACUAUCGAUAUCGAGGAAGUGGUAGAUCUUCCCCAUAUCGCGGACACAGGGCCCGGUAUCCGUCGUCAAUGCCCUUCGACCCGUCCGUAUGAGCCAACGAGGUCCGGUGUCUCGCACAGCUCCAUCGAGUCUUUCGCACCCCUCUCGGAAUUCUCCGCCUUCCUCGCCUCCUCCCGACCCCUCUCCCGCACGAGCUCAGCUUCAUCCGCUACUUCCGCCUCCUCCACCAGGUUCAGCGCCACCGUCGCCGGUCCGCCGCUCCAUCUCCCCUUCCUCCAUCUUCUCUCCGACCCCGCCGCGGCGCUGACAUCGUCCGGCUCAAAGAGGACAUACCACCCAGCCCCUUCUCUUCCGCCGAGCACCUACAAUCUCCCGCUCCCGGCCUCACUCUCCUCGGUCCAUGUCAGAACCGCGGACACAGAUACUCCCGCAGCGCCAUCAGCUGGGUCAGGCCUCAAUCUGGCCUCGGCGCAUCUCCGAUCCAGAGGCGCGGGAUUCGUGCCGUUCGAAACGAAAUGGAGGUGGCAGGAUAGAAGCCGUACGAUGGAGCCGUUUCCGGGAUCGGGGGAAUGGGUCCAGCCCAAACGUAAGCGAGGACGAGCAGAGGUCGGGGAUGAUGAAGAAGAGGGAGAAGAGUUGGAGCGGGAGCGGGAGGAGAAGUUGCCGGGGAUAGAGGCGGUUUUGGGGCCGAUAGGAAGGGGAGAUCCGAGGGCUACGAUCCCGAUACCAAGGCAGCGGAUGGUGCAGAGGAGGAAAGAGUAG